AUGUCCAAGUCAUUCUCAGCCACCUACCUCCCCACAUCAACAGAACCCUCCCCCAUCGCCAUCGCCCCCCCGCCAGACACUCCAUCGCCGGCCGCUGGGCCGUCAUCGGGUGGUCAGAAGAAGUUGCAAGGAUGGCAGCAUUCUGUAGCGGGAAGUCUCGGCGGAAUGACUGGUGCCAUCGUCACAUCUCCCUUCGAUGUCGUCAAGACCCGGCUCCAAUCCGACAUGUUUCGGCAUUCGUCUGAAGAAAGCGUGCGCAAAGCUGCCGAAGGUGUGGCCAAGGGCCAAGCUGGCAAGGGUCUCGGCGGAAUUGGAGGCGCGCUAUAUCAAUUUGUCGACACUGUCUACCUGAUCAAGCGGAUAGGCGUUGAGGAGGGCUGGCGGGCCCUCUACAAGGGUCUUGGUCCUUCCCUUGCCGGUAUCAUCCCAGCACGAGCUAUCAAUUUCUACUUUUACCCAACCUCCAAAGCCUACCUUGCCUCUGCCUUUCCCAACGCUCCCGCCGAAACACGGCUUGACGGAUCGCGAGGCCGCGCAGAAGACUCGCCGCUGGUGCACCUGGGAGCGGCGGUGGUGGCGGGUAUCAUGACGAGCACGGGGACGAACCCGAUCUGGGUGGUGAAAACGAGGCUGCAAUUGUCGGCAAAGAGGGGGGAGGUUGCACCUGUGGCGUUGGCGGUUGGAGCUGGAAAGGGAGCGGGCAUUGGGAGCAGUGGGGUCCUGCCAAAACCCAUCGCAAAGAGCGCUGCUGCUCUUACUACAGGCUCUGUCACUGCUGCUGCGCCAGCAGCUAUCGCUGCCAAGUCAUCACUGACACCGGCGAUCGAGAUGACCAUGGACAUUAUCCGGAAAGAGGGCUUCCGCGGACUUUACAAGGGUCUGUCGGCGAGUUACCUCGGUGUGUCUGAGGGUGUGAUUCAAUGGGUUCUUUACGAACGCUUCAAACGCCUCAACAACACCUCCCCACUCGAAUCUCAACCCCUUCUCUCCUACAUUCCUCACAUCGUUGGCGCCUCCGGUGGCGCCAAGGCCGUCGCCUCUCUCAUCACCUAUCCACACGAGGUUAUCCGUACCCGACUUCGUCAACCCAUUCCCGCUGGCACCGCGCCCAAGUACACCGGUCUGCUACAGACGCUGAAGGUGGUCAUGAGGGAGGAAGGGGUGAGGAGCUUGUAUGGCGGGUUGACGGCGCACAUGUUUAGGGUUGUGCCGAAUGCGGCGUGCAUGUUUUUGAUUUACGAGCUGGUGGCUGCCAAGCUGGGGGCGUAG